CCUAGUGUCAAGACUCCGAAAACCCACCUCAGGAAUUUGACACAUGCCUCAUCCACUGUUGUAUCACACUAGGACGACUACUCGGGGCUCCUAGUCUGCAGCUACUCUUGAGAAAUUGAGGUUUUUUUUUGUUGGCUGCUGAAAUGUGUGUGACUAGGAAUAAAGGGGUGAAUUAUGAGAAAUUCAUCGAGCAUUUUCAAGGUAAGACUAGAAAGUUUGAAAGGCAUAGCUUUGUUUUAGCUGUGUUUAUGUUUUUGGGUUCUGUUUUUUGUUGCUUUUGUGAUGAGGUUGCUAUGGUAUCAGUGCCUCUUGGUUUUGAGAUUUCAGGUUUUGAUAGAAGUAGAACUUGGGUGUCUCAAAAUGGGGUCUUUGCAUUUGGAUUCUUAGAGAGUUGUUCAAAAGAAGAUGAAGUUGAUAGCUUUGUUGUGGGAAUUAGGUAUAAUUUAGGAGAUAAUGAAACUGUGAAUGUUCCUGUAUGGAGUGUUGGUGGUGGUCUUAGGGUCUCUAUGAACUCUACGAUGAGGCUUUCCAUGGAUGGGAGGCUAAUUUUGUUAGAUAACCCUAGUGGUGUGAUUGUUUGGAGUAGUGAUACUUCUAGUUUAGGUAUUAGAAAGGCCAGUCUUUUGAAUAAUGGGAACUUAGUUCUUGUGGGUAUUGAAGAUAAUGUGCUUUGGCAAAGUUUUAAUAGCCCAACUAGCACUCUCCUUCCUGGUCAGUCUUUGCAUUUUCCUCAGACCCUAAGAGCCCCUUCCAAAAAAUCAACAUCUAGUUACUACAGUUUUGUGAUUCGGCACUCCGGAGAGCUUGCUCUUGUUUGGGAGAAUAAUGUGACCUAUUGGAGUAAUCAUGUGAACCUUCUUAGGAGUGUUAAGGAAGCUAUACUUGAUGGUAAUGGUCUUUUGGGGCUUAUUGAUACCAGUAAUAAAACCGUGUGGUCCAUAUCAAGCAAGGAUUUUGAUGAACCUUCUCCGACAUUGAGGCGUCUUAAGAUGGAUUCUGAUGGGAAUUUGAGAAUCUACUCAUGGAACCAUGUGCUCCAUGAAUGGAAGGUUGGGUGGCAAGCAGUUGAAAACCAAUGUGAUGUAUUUGGUUCAUGUGGUCUUUAUAGUUUAUGCGGGCUUAAUUCCUCUGGAGCUGUCUGUGAUUGUCUUUACCAGGAUUCGGUAAAUUGGGGAACUGGCCUUUCCACAGUGGAUUCAGGUAGUUCCGGGUGCAAGAAGAUGGUGGAUUUGGGGAACUGCAAGAUGAAUACAAGCAUGAUGGUUAUGAGACAGACAUUUUUGUAUGGUCUUUAUCCUCCUCAGGAUGUUGAUAUCAUGCUGAGCGAGAAAGCUUGUAAAGAAUACUGCUCUAAUGACACGAGCUGCAUUGCAGCAACUUCAAAAAAUGAUGGUUCGGGUAUUUGCACAAUCAAGCGAACCAGUUUCAUUAGUGGGUACGGGAAUCCUACUGUUUCUGCUACUUCAUUCUUAAAAGUGUGUCUAGUCCCUCAGGCUGUUUCAGCUCGAGGAGCUAAUCCUCAUGUUACUGUGAAGCCAAUUCCAACACCCAGAGGAGUUGACAGCAAGAACUUCACUGCAGUUAUUGCUUUGAUAGUUUUGGUAACAGCAUCAGGUUUUGUGGCCAUUGAGAUGUUUGUUUUUUGGUUUAUGUACCGCAAACGGAAAAUGAAAGCUCACAUAAGAAUCCCCUUUGGCAAGGAUGCUCAAAUGAAUGCUCAUUACAAUAGUCUUAUCAGAUUAUCCUUCGAAGAGAUAAAAGAGAUAACAUCUGACUUUGCAAAUAAACUUGGCCCCUCUGUUUAUAAAGGUGCAUUACCAAACAAAACAACUGUUAUUGUGAAGGCUCUGAAUGAUGUGACAUCAGAUGAGAAGGAUUUCCGAGUUGCAGUCUCUACAUUAGGAAGAAUGCACCAUCGGAACCUUGUGCUAUUAAAGGGUUUCUGUUUCGAGGCCAACAACAGGUUUUUAAUGUAUGAGUACGUCCAGAAUGGUUCUCUGGAUAAAUGGCUGCUCAACAUGGAACCUGACCACAAUGAAGGGACAUGGCAGCAGAGACUUGACAUUGCGCUUGGAGUUGCUCGGGCCCUUGCUUAUUUGCACUCAGAAUGUCAGAUAUGUGUAGCUCAUGGGAACUUGAAGCUCGAGAAUGUCCUGCUUGAUGAAAAUUUCAUUCCUAAAUUGACUGAUUUUGGACUUGGAAGCUUGUUCAAGGAGGAGGCAACUUCCUCCUCAGUGUCUCCUUCAGAGAGAGAUAUCUACAUGUUUGGGGAGAUGCUGCUGCAAAUUGUCACUUGCAAGAGGGAUAUGCUGAGUGACAAUCUGAACCUUUUGGUUGAAAAGACGAAUGAAGAACUGAACUCAGAGGAUAGCAUAAUCUCUGAAGAAGUAGAAAGAGUUGUGAGGAUAGCUUUGUGGUGUAUGCAAAAUCAGACCUUUUUACGACCUUCCAUUGGUGAAGUGGUUAAGGUAUUAGAAGGUACACUUUCUGUAGAUAGGCCUCCAUUAGGUUUUGCUUUUAGACCGGACCAGAUGGAUGGGAGAGUUUUAGCUGACGUUGAAGUAGACUCCUAGAAGAGAUCCUGAGUUUGACUAGGAAAAAUGUGCUUCACAUUUGUAGGUUUAGUUAAAGAAUGUGGUUGCAACUGGAGGUCCAAAGUUUUUGUAAAUUGGACCCUUGAAAUGUAUCAAUUUUCUAUCGUCAAUGUAAGCCAAGAGACUAGUUUUGUUUUUUUUGUUUUUUUUCCCUGGUUUUGCUUGUGAUAAUUAAUAUAUGCAGUACCAGGCCUUUUCCAGCUUAGUAUGUUUCUUAUUUCUUUGUACAGCUUUAGUCUUGAUUUAGUUUUUACAAUCCUGCUCUUUACUAUUAAUCAGUUUUUGUUGGUUUAUAUAUUUGUCUUGGUUAACUGCCUGGGCUGCCUCGGCUCCAUGUGCUGCUUUGUUUUGGUAAUACAUCCAGCCUAUUACUCUCAAGGUGUGUCUUCAAUGUCUUUGGAAUAAUCCAAUAGCAUAAGAAGCAUGCUCAGAGAGCCAUAACUGAUGCAUAAGAUCUGGUCAUUUCACAGGGAGUUGUGGGCUGGAUGUUUGUGUGAUUCGGGCAUGGCUCAAAGUUUCAACUUAUGCGCCCGAUGUUCUUUUCAGUAUCUUAUGAUUCCUUUGAAAUCAUAGGAGAAAACACCUAUUCUCUUUUUGCUUUUGUUUUUUUCCAGUAAAUUCUUCCUUUAGAAGCAUUGAAAGGGAAGUAAGGUAUAUCUACCUUUGUGGACUACUGGUGGGGUUUGCAAGCCAAAGGCAGCUGGAAUAUCCAACUUCAUCCUUUUCCCUCGUUUCCUUUUCUUCUUUCUCUUUGUAUGCUUUUCUUGCUGUCAGAGGAAUGAAAAACCAUUGGCUUAACCCUACAUAAAUUCUUUACUUUACUUUGAUUCAAUGGCAACACACACUAUUAAAUACUAUCAAGAGUGUCUCACACUUCCCACAAUCAUAUCAUAUCGACGAUCAAAUUUGACUGCAGGACAGAUUAAGCAUUUCAACAUGGGUUUUCUUGGUGUAGUUGCAAAGCGUUUGGAUGCAUUUGUCGGGCCUGGAAUCAUGCUUGUUUUUCCACUGUAUGCAUCAUUGCGAGCCAUCGAAAGCCCUUCACCUCUUGAUGACCAACAGUGGCUAACCUAUUGGAUAAUAUACUCUUUCAUUUCCAUUUUCGAGUUGUCAUUUUGGAGAAUCCUAGUUUGGCUACCCUUCUGGCCAUACAUGAAGUUGUUGUUUUGCAUGUGGCUGGUAUUGCCCGUUUUCAGCGGGGCUUCAUAUAUCUAUAUGAACUUUGUGAGGAAGUAUGUUGUGAAGUUUGGUGGCACAGUGAAUGAGGAUUACCCAGAA